AUGGGGUUUAACGGUACCAAAGACGUCUACCACACAAACGGUAUCAGCAACAUUGAUAUAAUCAAUGGAACCAAUGGGGUUAACGGAAGAAAUACAAUGAACGGAACCAAUGGAACCAAAGGGAACAAGAGCACCAGUCAUGCAAACAUUUCAGAAAAUCCAUCAGAUCUGGACUUAUUUGAAUCCUUCAUGGCACAACACCCGGGAAUUAAAUUUCUGCGUGUACAAUAUGUCGACUACUGCUCCAUUACUCGACUACGGAUUUUACCAAUCAAACGUGUCCGUAAUCUUCUUUGCGACGAAAAGGUUGAUGUUUCUAUUGGUAUAACUAAUAGUAGUUUAACUCUCACGCCAGUCGAUCAUCGGAUUGAUUCAGUCUCUCCCAGAGGUGUAUCUAGGCUUUUAACCGCAGUCCCCUCUUCUAUGCGACCCGGUCCAUGUCAUGGGUAUGCUUCGGCACAGGGAGAGCUUCGAAAUUCUGACAAUUCGCCACUUGAUAUUGAAGUUAUAUUCAUGAAAGGGACACUUAACGAAGACAAUACCCACGUUUAUGUUCCGCUUCCAGGUUCGGAUUCUCAUUGCUGGGGAUCUAAUAACGCACUAUCUCACGCUGUCAUAAAUGUUAUGGAUGAGAUAAUCGAGAAACUUUCCGAUGCUGGUAUUGAUCUCGAGCAGUGGCAUCCAGAAUCAGCAACUACUCGAGAGAUCAUUACCGCAGUUGCACAAACUCAUGGAUGGCGUGCGACAUUGCACCCAAAACCUCUGCCCAGCAAAAUGGGCACGGGAGCACAUGUUCACUUAUCCAUACCAACCCCGGAAGGAGAGAAAGAACAAACGUAUACUCAUUUCUAUGCGGGAAUACUGAAACAUCUUCGCGCAAUUACGGCUUUCACCUAUGGUAAUCCUGCCAGCUAUGAUCGUAUGCUUGCAGCUGGUGGUUGGGCCGGUAGUACAUGGGUGACUUGGGGUACCCAAAAUCGAGAGACCGCCUUGCGUAAGAUUGAUGGAUCGCAUUGGGAGUUGAGAUGUGUAGAAGGCGUGGUUUCAAAAGACAAGAUGACAUGGCUUGACUGCGACAUGAACCCUGCUAAAUUGAGCCAAGCAGACAGAGAUGUCUACAAUAUCGAAGAAAUGUUGCCUUGUACUUUGGAGGAGGCACUUACCGCUCUCAGAAUCGACCAAGGUAUGUACAAGAUACUCGGUGAGGCUGUGGUGGUCACAUAUAUUGCGAUGAAACGAGGUGAAUUGGAGCUUAUGAACAGUAUGAAGGAUGAGCAGAGAAGAAAUUGGAUAGUUGAGAGGUAUUGA